ACUAAAUCAUGUAGCUAACAGUAGAUAUUAUAUUAAAAAAUGGAGAGCACUCGAGUUUCAGCUAGGAGCGCGGCAGCCAGGAAAGACAGCGGCUAUAGACAGCGACAAGGAUUCAGGAACAAGUUUGAAGAGUACAGGUCUCAGUUUUCUGGAUGGUCUUCGAACUUCUUCUUUUAUAACUUCCCAGAAGAAUUAGAGGCAAAAUUUCUAUGGAACAGCUUUCAGAUGUAUGGUAAAGUAGUGGAUGUGUAUAUUCCGAGGAAACGUGAUAAAAGAGGGAAAAGGUAUGGUUUUGUGCGACUAACAGGGGUCAAGAACGAGAUUCAAAUGGAGAGGAGGCUGAAUGAGAUUUGGAUAGGUUCAUAUAAGAUGAGAGUGAAGCUGGCAAAUGACAGACAUAGGAAGCCUUCAUCGGAUAGGAAGAUACAAGGUGCGCCUAAAGUCAGUGGAUCAACUAGCAUCAUGAAUAGGCUGGUUCAACCAGGACAGACAUAUGCUCAGGCAGUAAAGGGCCAAGGAAAGACAGUGGAUAAGGCUCCAGAUCAAUCACAGGAAAAGGAAAAAAAAGGAACCCCGAAAAUGGAAGUUGUCAAAACAAGUGAUCAGGAGAAUAAGGAAGCAGAAAAAACAGAGAAGAUUGUUGAAUACAUCCCAUCGGGUGAUGAGCUGAAAUGGCUUGAAGGUGGCAUGGUGGCAGUGAUGAGGUCAAUGGCGAUGAUAUCUGAGAUUCAAGAGCAAAUGGAUGCAGAUGGAGGAUUAAUCUCGUUAUCACCAAUUGGAGGAAGGCGGGUACUAUUAACUGAGAAAGUUUCAGGGUUCAUAGCUGAUUAUAUGAAGCAUAAUGAGGAGUUAUUUGGCAUGUGGUUUGAGUCCAUAACACCAUGGGAGAAGGCUCCAGAGGAGAAAAGCCGAUUGAAGUGGGUGCGCAUAUCGGGUGUGCCAUUAAGAGCAUGGGAUGAGAGGUGUUUUCAGAUGAUCGGUGAGACAAUCGGAGAAGUUGUGUUGGUGCACGAGGACACAAAGAAGAAAGCAAUUCUAUGGGAUGGAAGAGUCCUAAUCAUGUGUUCGGAGUCGAGUAAAAUCUACAUUCAAGUGAAGCUGAAGGUGGGUGAGCAGGUGUAUGAAAUAGAAAUAGUUGAAGAGGAGUGGCGCAAUGAUCCGGACUGGUGGUUAUCGGAGAAUGGCCGGAGAAGCGACCUGGAAACGGAGUCUAAUUUCUCAACCUCGUGGUGUCAGAACGAGGAUCUGGAAAUGGAUUUGGAUGUGAUGGGCGAAGGUGAGGAUGUAAGAAAUGACUCAGAGCAUUUAAUGAAGGAUUUGGUGGCUAAUUCAAAUUUGAAGACAGUAACGGAAACAGAGAGUUGUUUUCAGAUGGUGCAAGAGACAGAUAUAGAAGGAGAUGUAAACUUUAGGCCGCCCAAGGAGAUUGGGCCACAAAGAGGGAGUUCGGAUGGGCCAAUAGAAGACAGUGGGCCGAUCAUCAGGAUGGAAUGGGGUAAAACAAAGGAAAUGAAUUUGGAGGAACCAUGUUUAGAGGCUCAAAUAGUGGUGGACCCAACGGCAACGCAGAAAUCGGAAAAUACAAAAAAGUGGAGCAAAAAACAGAGGCGGCUGCAAGAAUGCUACCCAGAGAGCAUGGAGCAGAUCUGGGUAAAAGGAGCUCCGUGGGUAACACCCAGAACAAAGCAGCGUCUGGCGCGGAGAGAGGGAACCCGCCAAGCUGAGGAUGACAAGAGGGAGAUGGAUAUGCAUGAGGUGCGUCGGUUGAUGGGGGUGGGGAAGAGAUUGGGUCUUAUUUUCGAGAAUAAUGAGGAGGAGAUUCAAUCAAAAUUGCUAGAGGCAGUAGAUCAAGAAGGGGUGGAGAGGGGGGUCGCGAAGGGAAGGGGCUUGGGUGGGACGCUGAAAAAGAAGGAAGUGAGAAGGCUGGUUAAAGAAGAGAAGCCGGAUUUUCUUUUCCUGCAGGAAACAAAGUUAGAAAAAGUGGAUGUAGGUAUCUGUAGACAACUGUGGAAUUCAGAUGAGGUUGAUUGGGUUGCAAAGGGCUCUUCUGGAGCGUCAGGUGGUUUACUUUGUUUGUGGGAUAGAUGGCAAUUUGUUAAGAGGGAGGAUUUUUCUGGUGAUGGGUUCGUGGGAUUGGCAGGGGAAUGGGGAGCAAAUAAAAAGCAAUAUUUUUUAAUUAAUGUCUAUGGUUCAAAUGAUAGACAGAGGAAGGCUAGUUUGUGGGAGGAAUUAAGGAAAAUGGUGAUAGGAAAGGAAGGGUGUUGGUUGAUAGCAGGGGAUUUUAAUGCUGUCAGAGGGCCUGAGGAGAGACGAGGUAGAUCAAGAGAAAGCCCAGAUAUGAAGGACUUCGAUGAGUUUAUUGUGACAUCUGAUUUGGUGGAUGUUAAAUUGUCGAAUAGAAAGUAUACAUGGUACAAGCCAGAUGGCACAGCAAGGAGUAGAUUGGACAGAUUCCUUUUGAGUACGGAGAUGAGUAAUUCGGAAGGAGAGUGGAUACAACAAGGAUUGCCAAGGAAUAUAUCUGACCACUGUGCUAUUGUGUUGAAGUCCAGAAAAUCAGAUUGGGGACCAAAACCCUUUCGGGUUUUGGAUGCAUGGCAACAACACCCCGAUUUUAAGAAGUUCGUAGAGGAUAAAUGGAGUGAGUUGGCGGUGGAGGGUUUUGCUGGGUAUAAGUGCCAGCAAAAGUUGAAAUUGCUAAAAGGUUUUUUAAAGGGCUGGAACAAGGAAGUCUUUGGGAAUAUGGAAACUCAAUAUGAGCAAGCUGUUAAAAAAAUUGAGAAAGUUGAUAUGCAGAAUGAGAUAUCUGAUCUAGAAGAGGCUGAGAUAGUGAAAAGGCAAGAAGGUUUUUCUGAGAUGUGGGAUGUGUUGAGGAAAAAAGAAUUGAUAUGGAAGCAGAAAUCAAGGAGUAAAUGGGUGCAUGAGGGAGAUGCAAAUACUCGUUUCUUUCAUAGAGUCGCAAAAGGUAGAAGAGCACAAAACAACAUUGUGGGUUUAAUGUGUGAUGGAGCAUGGAUUGAAGAGCCAGAUUUAGUAAAAAAUGAGAUAGUCAGAUAUUUUAGAAGCUUGUUUCAAGGAGAGCAAUGGAAUAGACCCAAGCUUGGGAAUAUUAAUUUCCAGCAGCUAUCCGAGGAGAAAAAAGAUUGGCUGGAAAGGCCAUUUUCAGCUGAAGAAAUUGAGGAAGGCUUAAGGAGCUGUGAAGGUUCAAAGGCACCAGGACCUGAUGGUUACAAUUUCAAUUUCCUUAAAUAUGCGUGGCAAUGUAUAAAGGAGGACUUCAUCAACUUUUUUUCUGAAUUCCAUCGUAAUGGCAAAUUGGUGAGGGGUCUUAAUUCUUCUUUUAUUGCUAUGAUUCCUAAAAAGUUGAAUGCCAUAGAACUAAAGGAUUAUAGACCCAUUAGCUUGUUAGGAUGUGUCUAUAAAUUAUUAGCGAAGGUGCUGGCUAAUAGAUUGAAGUCCGUGAUAUCAGAAAUUGUAAGUGAAACGCAAUCUGCCUUUGUGGGGGGACGGCAGUUGGUAGAUAGUGUCCUGGUGCUGAAUGAAGUUGUGGAUGAGAUUAAGAAAAAGAAACAACCAGCUUUUGUGUUUAAAGCAGAUUUCGAAAAGGCAUAUGACUGCGUUGAUUGGUCUUUCUUGGAUUGGAUGAUGGAAAGUUUUGGAUUUGGAAUGAAGUGGAGAGGAUGGAUCAUGGAAUGCCUUUCAACGGCGAGAAUUUCGGUUCUGGUAAACGGAAGCCCGACAAAGGAAUUUGAGAUGGGAAAAGGCUUGAGACAAGGUGAUCCUCUAUCUCCUUUUCUCUUUUUGAUGAUCGCAGAGGGGUUACAGUUUCUGGUACAGAGAGCUAUAAAGGAGGAUAUGAUGCAUGGGAUUGAGAUUGGAAAGAGAGGUCUAUCCGUAUCGUUGCUCCAGUUUGCUGAUGAUACAGUUUUUAUGGGUAGAGCGGAUGCGGAGAAUAUACGUACGGUGAAAGACAUCCUAAAAUGGUUCGAGCUUAUGUCGGGAUUGAGAAUUAAUUUCAGCAAGAGCAGUAUUUUUGGUUAUAAUGUGUCGGAGAAAUGGCUAAAAGGAUCAGCGGGUAUGUUACAUUGCAGGGUUGGCCGACCACCCUUUCUUUAUCUGGGAUUGCCCGUAGACGGAAAAUCUGGGAAUAAGAAAUUAUGGGAGCUGGUUGUAAAUAAAUUCCGUUCCAAACUCGCUGUCUGGAAGGCCGCUACUCUUUCUUUUGGAGGCCGCCUCGUCUUGCUAAACUCGGUACUCUCUGCACUUCCUAUUUUUUAUAUGUCUUUAUAUUCCUUACCUAAUUCUGUGCUUGCGGAGUUGACUAGAAUCCAAAGGUGUUUCUUAUGGGGCGGGGCAGAAUUAAAUAAGAAAAUUUCUUGGGUGAAAUGGGAACAUGUAUGUCAAGCUAAGGCAAAUGGGGGUCUUGGGGUGCCUGAUUUACAAAGAAAAAACUGGGCAAUGUUAGGAAAAUGGUGGUAUAGGUUAGGCGACGGGGUCGAGAGCUUAUGGAAAAGGGUGGUGAGGGAGAAAUAUUAUGGUGGUAGGAGGGAGGUCGAUAUUACUUCGGUUGAGUGUUUCAAGAUGUCUAAGAUUUGGAGGGACAUUAUUAGGAUAGGGGGCAUCUCCCUCAAUCUUAGAAAUAUGUUGGUGGAGGGUUUCAAGUGGGAGGUGGGAGAAGGAAAUAGAGUGGUUUUUUGGUCAGAUAGGUGGAUGGGUGUAAAAAGCCUUAGAGACUUGUUUCCUAGGUUAUUUGCACUAGCUGUAAAGAAGGAAGGGAAGGUUUCCGAAAUGGGGUCUUGGGAAGAGGGGAGAUGGCGUUGGCGGCUGGAGUGGAGGAGGGGUACAUUAGGGCGUGAGAAAGAUGAGGAGGAGCUGUUGGAAAAGAUGCUGGAGGGUGUCAAUUUAAAGGAGGGGGCAGGGGAUGUUUGGAAAUGGAUUCAUGGGUUAGAUGGUAAAUAUGGGGUGAAGCUAGCGUAUGAUUUCUUAGCUUCUUCGGAGAGUGUUUUGGAGGACCAGUUAUGCAAAUUAAUAGGGUGCAGAUUGGUGCCAUCCAAAGUGGCUUUUUUUGGGUGGCGUUUGUGUUUAGAUAGACUCCCAACAAAGGAAAACUUACAAAAACGUGGGAUAUUGCUACAGGAGGGGGCUCUUUGUGAAUUUUGUAAUGGGAAGGAGGAGAAAGUUAACCAUUUAUUUUGUUUAUGUUAUAAUGCAUGGUUAGCUUGGACUCAGGUGUUAAGUUGGUGGGGUUUGGAAUCUGUUUUGCCUAAUACUGUAGGGGGCAUGGUAGAGUUUUUCAUUGGUAGUUUGGGAAGCAUAAUUGGAAAGGAGAUGGGUUCGUGUAUUUUCCUAGUGGUCGCCUGGUACUUAUGGUAUAGACGAAAUAUCCAAGUGUUUCGAAAAGAUGAAGGAUUACCAGAAAACCUGCUGGAAAGGAUGCAAGUAAAAACAUUUAUAUGGAUCAAAUCCAAAGUUAAUGGCUGUGUUUUCUCCUUUUUCGAAUGGCAAUCUUGUCCAAUGGAGUGUGCUAUGGCUGUCAAAAAUCAUAAAAAGCUGAGGAAGCAGUUCUAUAAAGCUCGAGUGCCCUCUGGUUGAGAUAGGCGGGGUUGUUUUGUCUUCAAUUGAGGAGUACUUGGUCUCCUGUCGUUUGAUGUUUGUGUUUUGUAAGCCUUGUCAAUCUAUGGUUUUUAGGUCUUUAGCUCUCCUCGGCUAUGAGUUCCUUUUUUUGUACAUGGGCAGAAGCACCCCUUGUGCUUCAUUAAAUUUAAUUACUUUUU